AUGUCACACUCACCAGCACGCGUGCCGGACGCGUCCGCAAAGCCCCGAACAAAGCUCCUCGCAGCACUGCGGAAACCCACAGCAGAGUCUUCAGAAAGCGAGGCUGAGUCUGAAAAUGGCAGCUCAGCAUCUGAAGGCGAGUCACCUGCUCCCACUGCCCUGUCGAAGCCCCUCACAAUGGCAAUACGCCCACAGUUGGACACAGACACAGCCAAUGACGUAGACGAGAGCGACGGAGAAGAUGCAUACGAACUUAUGAAGAAACGAUUGGCUGCCAGCAAGACUUCAGCAACAGCCGGAUCAGCUCCACGACCAGCAGAGGGAGGCGCACAUGUCGUUGCUACCGUUGAAAGUAGCAAUGAUGAAGACGAAAUGCCUGUGCGCGCUAACGUUCGCAAGUCGUUCACGAAAAGAACAAAAACCGUGAGCCCUCCGUCACCUGGUCUGUUUGUCACGCCAAAUCCCUCACCAAUUAAGAACAAGUCCAGGACAGCGAUGGAUGCUGGCUCCGAUUCGGAAUCAUCACAGCCCGCACACAAUGCAGAUCUGCAAGAGCGAGUACGACGUAUCCGUGAGGAGAGGCUGGCAAAGCAACAAGAGCAGGAGGCACAACAGAAGAAGUCCAAUAAGACCACGCGGCGCCGGGCCGAGGAGGGCUCUGGAAGCGACACAGAUGGCGAGAGCGGCAGACGGCUUACCCAACAAGCCAAGCCAACUCGAAAAGCAGGCAAGAAAGCCAUGGAGGCAAUGGCCCGGGACCAGCAGCGUAUCAGUCGCAACAUGCAGCUCACGCACCAGGCAAAGACCAAAAAACGCUUCACAACUCAAGAUCUCUUCAAAAAGUUCAACUUCCAAGCGCCAAACACCGAUGCCGCAGCGCUUCCAACACCUGAGCCAAGCUCAGCAUUGACUUCUUCCGACGCAGAGGUGAACCAAGUGCAUGGUGCCCAGCCGAAAAGCCCAUCAAGACAAGAACACGAAGUAGAAAUGCACGCCGUGCCGAGCGAUGAGAAGACUGUUGAUACGGCAUCAGAGACACAGAAUGGCAUUCACUCUUCACAGUCUGCCAAGCUCGACAAGGGCAAAGGGAGAGCACCAGAGUUCCAACAUCUUCCACAGCACCCUUGGAUGAAACAAAAAGAGACAUCGGUGCAGCAAAAUACUGUCACAGAUACAAAGACUGCUCAGGAUGACGAUAUGGUGGAGCUCUCAGACUCAGACGACGAUAUGUCCGUGAAACAGCCAAAAAGCAGAUUCCCAGUCUUCGAUCGAUUACCCGUCAAGAAAAAGGACGAAGGCGGUUCCCUCGUACACCUGCGUGCUCUUGCCCAAUUGGCAAAAUCACCCCCAAAGGUCAAGAAAGGUCAAAAGACUGUCACUCGUGGCGAGAUGGAGCUUUUGUUGGCUCAAAAGGCCCGUGAACAGACUGCCAAAGCCCGAGAGGAGAGAAUCGCCGACCUCAUCAAACGAGGCCAUAACCCCGAAACCGAAGAGGAGAGAGAAAAGCGUCAAGAGGAAAUCGACGACAUGGUUGCCAUGCUCGAAAAGCAAAGACAAGAAGACCUAAAGCUCGCCAAGAGAGAAAAGAACGAGGCCAAGCAAAAUGGUGAAACGUUAGAUGAACUUCCAUCUAGCGACGAGGAAGACGGCGAUUAUAUUGGAAGUGGAGAGGAAAACGCAGGUGACGAUGACGAUGAUGAUGAGAACCAAGAAGAAGCGGAAAUCGAGCUUUCUGGGUCCGAAGACGAAGAAACCGAAACUCUUGAUGGUGCUGAGGGUGGUCAAACAGAACCUACUGACAGUCCGCUUGGCAAAAUGGCUGAUGAGGAUGAGGUGUCAGGAGAGACGGAUCAAACACCUCAUGACGACGAAGAUGUGCACAUGGAAGAUGAUGACGUAAAUGUACCUCUUCGAAGGCGAACUGUCAACAGAGCCCGCAAUCGAGUCAUCGAAGAUGAAGAUGAAAGCGACACAGAAACCGUCAAAAAUGCCACUCCAACCCAAGCAGCAACUCAAGACGACGCAAUGGCCGCCUUCGGUUUUGGCAAAGCCAACGCCGGUGUAGGCCUUACGCAAAUGUUCGCAGGCACAAUGGCGGAGCUUGAAUCGGAGUCUCGGUUUGCACCUGUUGUUGACACUGAACAAGAUUCUCUCGAGUUCUUGCGAAACCUGCCCGAAACCCAGCCUACUGUGCCUUUCAGCCAGGCAUCAGACUUCAUGGUUCCUAACAGUCAAUCUGUAGUGUCACCACAAAAGACCUCACGAACUAGCCCAGAGUCCAACUUGAACAUGGGUAUUAGCCAAGUGGUCAAGACUUCACCCACUUUCUCGCAGACACAACCGGACGAUUUCGAGCCAACCCAGGACGCCGGCUUUUCCUUUUCGCGUUCGCCAGCAGGUCUCGCCCCGCCCCCAUCCACAGUUGACACUGUCAUGAUGGCUGUUGCCGAGUCUCCGAUCAAGCAGAGAAAGGGCAAACUUCAACGCGGAAGGCGGGAGAUGACUGUAGAAUUUUCUGACGUAGAGGAAGACUUGGAAGAUCGUGAUGAAGAGGAAGAAAGUGAAGAUGACAUUCAACGGCCACCCAAACCUAGCAAGGAUGCCUUCAGAAGGAUGCAGCAGGCAGCCAAGAAGGCAAAGGCGGCCGAAGAAUUCGACAAGAAGAACAGCAUGGCAAGGGAAGCUGUUAUGGAACAGGCCGAGGAGUCCGAGGAUGAAUAUGCUGGUCUUGGAGGUGCCAGUGACGACGAAGAGGGAGAGGAAGACGAAGAGCUGAAGGCCAUGAUUGAUCACAACGAUAUCAAGGUCGACGAGCGCCAAAUCGCCGCUUUCUAUGCCGACAAGACAAAGAAAGACGAUGAGAAGCAGCUUGCCGAACUUUAUAAGAAAAUGCAAAGCAAAGGCGGUCUACGCAAACAUGCAGGUGGCUACGAUGGCUUCGACAUGUCCGAUUCUGAAGACGAAGCCGAAAUGCGCCAGCGCAAGAAGCGUGCAGCGUUCCAAAAGCAGACAAACGCCUUGUUGCAGGACCAAAAGGUUAAGGCCCUCGCUGACGACGACAAGAAGAAGGCCUUCUUCAAUACACUGGCCGACUGGGCUGACGAAGGUGAAUACGACUACCUCAACAUGCCGGAGAAGGAGAUGGAUGUGGACUCUUCACAGUCUCAGCCUCAACCACAAAACCAAGACGAUGACAUUGCCAUACCCGACUCGCAGAGCCUCUCUACAUCAGGAAACAGCCCAUUGAAACGAAAGUCUGAAAGCUCACAAAAGGAAAACCGUCCACCUCCACACAUGCGCCGUACAGCCGCGUCUGACGCACUAAGUCGCAAACCUCUUACAGCUGACGACGUCAAGCACUCUAUUUCAGAGCUCAUCGAAGACCCACGCGUUGUGAUCCCAGACUCGCAAUUAUCAGACGCCGAGGAAGACGAGGAGCAGACACACGCCAGCAAGCAGUUUCCUCAGCGAAAGCCAAUCAUCGACCGGUUGACCUUAAGCCGACAAUCCACAGUCGAAGAAUCUACUGCAAGUGCAGAGUCAAACAUGGCUUUCCAUAACCCGAUGCGUGUGGCUACUGCACCAGGCUUCCGCAUGCCCUCGCUUAUUCGCCAAGCUACAAGUAAUCUAUCAAUCAGCAGUGAACGCUCUAGUGGCAGUGGUUCUUCUGCUUCAGCACCGAAGGAAGCGGGUGUUCGAAGAGGCGGCACCGGACGCAGCAAUAUCCAUGCGCAAGCACGAGAAGCGGAGCGCAGGCAGUUGUUAGAGAAGAAGGAGGGAAAGAGGAAGGAGGCGCUCAGGAAGAAGGUUGAAGGUGGGAGGAAGAAGGGCAUGAGGAGUGUAUUGAGCGAUCUCGGGGGUGGAUUCGAGUAA